UGACAGUUUCACUAGUACUGGGUGCUAAUUAUCAGUGCAGGACUGUACCUCCAUCGCAAUGGCUGUGAAAGAAGUAUCUGCUUUUCUGUUUAUCCUUAGUCUUGUGCUGUUUCCCAAGUACAGUACCAGCAAUAGUACUCUUUGCAAUCCACUGCCUGUUAAUGCAAACAUCCGUGAGAAUAUUUUGAUAGAUGUGAACCCCACAGCACUUACUGACAAUACAGUCUAUACAGUUCAUGUGACCUUUAAUGGAACUGCUAUCAGUACACUGAUUCUAGAGGCUCUAUCAAACGACAGUAGAGUGGGAAAUUGGCAAGGCGGAGAUUGUGUUCAAGAUAGUGGAUUUGUUUCUAAUACAUCUAUAGAAUGGACGUCACCCGCAAACCUGUCAUCUGUUACGAUAAAUGCUUUUAUCAUCACGGUGGAUGGAAACUUCACAGCUUCUAAAGUUCUAAAUGCUAUACCACCUACAGCAGGAAAUAACACAUCCAACGCUACAACUGCAGAACCAGGAACAGUAGGAAAUGCAACAUCUAGUGUUACAACAGCAGUACCAGGAACAGGAAAUACAACAACAGUACCAGGAACAGGAAAUACAACAACAGGAUCUACAACAACAGCUACACACACAACAAGCACUGGUUCAGCAACGCACCCCAGUUCUAUGCUUAUGGCUCUUAUUCAGACAUUUGGUUUGUUUGUGAUCACUAGCCGUCUUCUAUCAUAAGCGAAAUCUAAGAGAACUCCAUAAGUACUUACGGACAUAAUUAGAACUUGUAUCUCUGUAUUUUUAAGUGUAUCAUAAUAAGAAGACUUGGAAAAGUUAACAUCAAGAAUGUUCUUUGUAACAAUGGACCAACUUCCGUUAAAGAGUAAAAAUUGUCCACUACAUUUAAUAAUUAAAAGUAUAAUCAGUUCUGUGUGA